CUUUGCCUCCGACAGAGCUGUCUAACUCAUCCCAGCCCACCUCAGCCCCGCCUGGCCCGCUUCCUUAGCCCAGACGCCUCCGUUCCGCUACGACACACCCAUCCCCGCGCUGCAGUAUCGUCGCCAUGGGUCUCAUCUUCUGCUCCCAGGCCAACUCGGUGAUGUGCACCAUCAUCAGCGCGUUCGGCGGUGUCUUUCUGGUUAUCCUGGGCUUCUUGUACCAAGCCGAAGUCGACGAGCUGGUGGAAGGAAAGCCCGACAAGGUUCCGUCGGAUCCCCAGGCCGUUGGGCAUGCUUGCUUCAUGGCGGCCGCGCUGUAUCUGAUUCUCUUCCUGAUCAGCCUGUGCCAGGCCCAUCUGAACUCACGAGCGGCUCUUGCGACUCGGGGAUUUUCUGGCAUCUAGAGGCAGCCGAGCUUGGUCCUUGCUCCUCGCCCCUCGCCCCUCGUCUUUUGCCCAGCGACCCUGGCUCAUAGCCCGCAUCACCUUGCACCAAACCCGCAUGCUCGCCUUCCUCCCUUUACGCCAUAUCCACAAAACUGUCUUUCAUCAAUACACCACCAUAUUUGCGGUUCUAGC